AUGCAGGCGGCAGCUGAACCAGCUCUAGACCAUGGGAUCCGACGUCUAUACAUUGUUGGUGAUGGUGAGGUGGUUGGUCGAGGACGACAUCGACGUGAACGAGGGAGAUGGGAAAAUGGCAAAGAUUUGGGACUGUUAAACCAACUUGCAAAUGAACACGAAAGUUCAGAUCUACCGGGAAGAGGGAGGACAAGAGUGGGCUUCAAAGAAAGAAGAAAGGCUGAUAAAAUCGCCGAUGAAACUAAACGAUUUGGGUACCCGCCCUUUGUGCCCUCUUGGAUGUUUCCACGCAGUGCCUUCUCGUGUGAACCAAGCCGACCACCUGAUCAUUUGUUAGGACCCCACUGGUCGGAUAAAUGUUUGAACUACUUCAACUCAGUUGUCAGGAGAGGAUACUAUCGUCAUCAGAAGCCCAACCGAGAAGAGUCCGCUAAAGUGGAAAGAGAAUUGAGACAAUGGUGUGAUGACUAUUGUGCCAAUAAUAAGUACUUGAAAGAGCUUCGAGUUGAGAAGGCCGUGUUUGGAUGGAACUUGGCACUUUUGGAAGAAGGUAUGUUCCAUCUACGUAUUCUUUAG